AUGAUCCUGGUGUUGAGAGCUAUAUUGGUGCUGGGCCUCGUCUCUUUGUUGCACGCCUGCAGAAAAGAGCGGGCGGUCAAGGUGAAGAUGGGUCGAGGAACCGGACUUAAGGGCAAGUCAGUGAGACUCUUCCUGGAUCCCUCAGUGCAACCUCAGAUUGGCAGAGUGUCUGAUGCCACCGACUCCAACAUGUCUCUGUCACCCUGGACUUAUAGAGACACAACUGUGGAGUCUCGUAUACCCAGGCGAAUCUCUCAUGCUCAGUGCCUGACCUCUGGAUGUCUCAGCCUUCAGGGGGAAGGUGAAGAUGUAGCUCUGGAGGCCAAACCCAUUUACUACCAGGUCCUGGUCCUCCACAGAGUCCCAAGGCAAGGGAAGAACAACAAAGAAGGGAAGAAGUCCUGGAGGAAGUAUGACUUAAAACUGGGAACGGAGGUGAUCUCAGUGGGCUGUACCUGUGUGAGGCCCAGCGUCGUACCGCAGCCGUAACACAGAGAGCUCUGAUGCCAGCAAAGCACACUGUGAAUGUUGUGUUCAUCACUUCUUAACUUAAACCGGUAUUAUGUGAUAUUUUUUGCUGUGGCACUUUGUGAUAGGACCAGGAUUUUAAAGGAUAG